CUUAAUCCUGAAAAUGCUAAAGCCAAUUUGUUGACAAAAGGGGAGCUUUCCCUGAGAUUCCUUUUGGGUGAUGUUUGCUGUUCUAUGGGUUUAUCAUUACAUUUGAAUCAUGAAUAAUACCACGGUAGUAUAGUACAAAUUAAAUAAGUUUCACUAAUGAAACUUAUGUUAGAAUGGCAAGGAUAAGCAUUUCCUUACACAUUCAAAUGGAUCUGAAGUUCUCUUUGCAUUUUCCUAUGCAAAAAAAGAAGCUGUGAGAAAACUAUUUGAAAAUACAAACAUAGAAAAUAGUGAACCCUUGUACCUAUUUUUGCUCCCUCCUGAAACCCCACCAACUAACAGGAUUUUUAAAGGCAUAAGCCACUAGGAUAAGAAAAACAGGAGAGGACACAAAAACAUUAAACUUUUGAAAUUUAGAAAGCUGAUGGUAAGUGGUAAAGGAUUCACAGAUUCCAGAAAUCUGUAUUUUAAACCCUAAUGAGGAGGAUAGCCAAUUAGCAACCCUAUUUGCAUUAUAGAACCCCUAAUACUGGGGAACUAACAACUUUAGGGACCUUCCUGUGGUAGAAUUGGUGUGGUUGCAAAAAAGAAGAUUGAUUGCUUAGAAUUCUGGUUCAGAAAAGGUUAAAUCCCAGGAUCUUUCUCUCUUCUUGCUUCUGUCCCUUGUCACAUCAACAGGCUUUGGGAGGUUUAUUCUCUGCAAAGGGUAAAACAAAGAGUCUCCUAAUGGGAAGCUACAAUACACAGUUGAAGAUAGCAGUACCAUACUAGAAAUAUAUGAAUUCACCAAACACAGGCAAACUGGAUGCUAGGACCUUCCCCUAGUUCUACUUUUCCUUUCCGUGCAGAAAAGAAAGUGGCCCCAAGGACUUCGUAAUUCCUGAAACAAGAAUUGGACAGUCCAUCUCUGGAACCAGCCCAGAGAAUAUGAAGGCAUUUGAAGACAUCAGCCUGUGAGGCAAAGGUGUCCACAAAACUAUGGCUAAUACAAGAAUGUCACUUGAUAUUAAAGAGUACCCUGAUACUGAGGCACAGCAAAACCGAGUGCUAACCCUGGAAGAAUGGCAAGACAAGUGGGUGACUGGCCACACUGCAUUUCAUCAAGAACAAGGAAAUCAGCUAUUAAAGAAGAAUUUGGAUAUUUUUCUUAAACACGAGAGUGGACUGAGGGUAUUUUUUCCUCUUUGUGGAAAAGCAGUUGAGAUGAAAUGGUUUGCAGACCGGGGACACAGUGUAGUUGGUGUGGAAAUCAGUGAACUUGGGAUACGGGAAUUUUUUAAGGAGCAAAAUCUUUCUUACUCAGAAGAACCAAUCACCGAAAUUCCCGGCGCCACAGUAUUUAAGAGUUCUUCAGGGAAUAUUUCAUUGUACUGUUGCAGCAUUUUCGAUCUGCCCAGAGCAAAUAUUGGCAAAUUUGACAGGAUUUGGGAUAGAGGAGCAUUAGUUGCCAUCAAUCCAGGUGAUCGAAAACGUUAUACAGAUGUAAUGCUGUCCCUCCUGGAAAAAGGGUUCCAGUACCUCCUAUCUGUUUUGUCUUAUGAUCCAACAAAACAUGCGGGCCCACCAUUUUAUGUUCCAGAUGCUGAAAUUAAAAGGUUGUUUGGUACAAAAUGUAAUAUUCGUUGCCUUGAGAAGGUCGAUGCUUUUGAAGAACGACAUAAACAUUGGGGAAUUGACUAUAUACUUGAAAAAUUAUAUCUACUUACAGAAAAGGUGUAAAUACAAUCAAGUUAACACCAACAUGAUCUUUUAUUUUUGAGCAAUUAAAAAUGAUGCUAAAGCUUAAAAAUCUAAUGAAAUUUUAAAUUUUUUUCUCAUAAGUCACAUAUAACUUUUUAGGAGAAACUUCAUACUAAUUGUUAAAGUAGUUCAUUUGGAGAGCAAAAUAUUACACCUGAGUGUCUUACAGAUUGCAAGAAUUUUUUAUAGUCAGCAUGUAUUUGUUCUAUAAUUAAAAAAGAAAAGAAAAUGCAUAUAACUUAAAUAUAAUUUUAAAAAUCCAACAUUCUUUAUGAAAUUUAGAAUCACUGAUUCUAAAUUUUUUUAGGUAGUCCUAAAACUUAUAUAAAAGAUUACCUUUUACUAUAAAUCCUAAUCUUAUAUUUUAAUUCUAGCACCCUUUUUCACACGUUUUCUCCUUGU